UUUUGGCUAAAGUGAUUACGCGUUUUCUUUGAGUGACACAAGGAAUUUUCAAAGUGGUUUAUUUAUCAUUUCUCUCAGACACCAACCAAAUAUAAUUAUUGUGAACGAAGAGUAUAUUUCAAGAACUACAUCGAAAAACAACAACAGCUCAAAUUGUUUUUCUGUGAGCAUCGAUGAGUGUAGUGGAUCCUGGUUUGCCGUGGCUCCGCUACCUGCCUCCGCUGAGUUUGCCGUUGACGAUGCGCGAAAAAGAUUCCUCUCCGAGGAAGAUGCUGGUGGCAACCACCGGUCACAGUUCACCGAAGCAAGCAGCCGUCUAUCCUGUAUCGGAUCGAGCGCCGCCAGGAGAUGACGGCCCCUUCGACCUGUCCAGGAACACGAGGUCCCCGGGACCGCACAUGUCUCCAGCAGGACGACCAGCUCAGGAAUCCGAGGAGCAGCCGCUGGAUCUCAGAGUGGACCACAAGAAGCUGAGGAUAAUGCGGCGGCAGAUGGAGGACGAGAACAGGAAUUUGAUAUCUCCUGCAGCGAGCGUCGGCAGCGAAGGCAAAGAGCCGUCCGAGGAGCGUACGAGUCCUGCAAUGGUAGCAAGCAAAUUCCCGCCGCAGCUCCCCAAUUACCCGGUGCUCUUCCCACCCCAGCAGAUCCAUCCGAUGAUGCUGGAAGCCAUGUACAGAGCGCAGAACGAGAAGGUGCGACUCCCACUUGCGUACCCACAUUCUCCGACCUACCCUCAGCGCUACCCGUUCUUAAGCCCGACGAUGCUCUCUCCCCCAGUCAAUCAAGUUCCUUUCGACAUGCUACGCAAUCCUGCACCGCAGCCGGCACCAGCCAAAUCCUUCCCGGAGACCACCGGGAAAGUCAAGGAUCGUUACGCCUGCAAGUUCUGCGGAAAAGUGUUCCCGCGUUCAGCAAACCUGACCCGUCACCUACGCACCCACACCGGGGAGCAACCCUACAAAUGCAGGUACUGCGAACGCAGCUUCUCCAUCAGCUCCAACCUGCAGCGUCACGUCCGCAACAUACACAACAAGGAGAAACCGUUCAAGUGUCCGCUGUGCGAACGAUGCUUCGGACAGCAGACGAAUCUGGACAGGCAUCUGAAGAAGCACGAAGCCGAUGGACCGACAAUCCUCGACGAGCGUACGCUGCAACGCCGCAACCUCACCAGGAACCUCUCCGAGGAGUCCUACUUCGAGGAGAUCCGAUCGUUCAUGGGAAAGGUGACCGAGGGACGUCUCCUUCAGCAUCUGCAGCCCAACAAGAACUUCCUUCCGCCCAAGAACCUCUUCGAUCCCGCCAAGACCGACGACCUGCACGUGAAGCAGCGCGACUCUUCCUACUUCUCCGACAAAGACAAUUUCUCCUCGCGAUCCAGCACCGCCUCCGACACCUCCGCCAAGGACGAUCCGGACAACAACAACCACGAGAACAAGGAGGACAGGAACGCCACGCACGAGAGCGAAAAUAGCAACAACACCUGAUUAAGGUAACUAAAUAAAAAAAAAAACAGAGACGUAUAUACAAGAAAUGAAAAAAAAAACAAAAGUAAAUUA